AUGUGGAUUCUCGAGCAACUCGCGCGUCUUCUCGACCGUCCGCUCUUCCCAUGGAAGAACGUCCUCGUGGGGUUCUCCCUGGGCCAGUUCGUCCUUGAGGGUCUCCUCUCUCUCCGACAGUAUAAGGUUCUUCAAAACACAAAGGCUCCUAAGGUCCUCGAGGGCGAGGUUACCCAAAAGGUCUUUGAUCAAAGCCAGGCGUAUGGUCGCGCCAAGGCUAAGUUCAGCUUCGUUUCCGGUCUCUAUGGUCAAAUCCAGAAUCUCGUUUUCGUCUACGGUGAUGUUCUCCCCAAGCUCUGGGGCGUCGCGGGCUUCGUGUUGGCGCGGUACUUCCCCGAUCGUUUCCAGGGCGAGAUCUCGCAAACGCUUUUGUUCAUCUUCGGUUUCAACAUUCUCAGCACUAUCCUCUCGAUCCCGGUCUCCUACUACAACACCUUCGUUCUGGAGGAGAAGUUCGGUUUCAACAAGCAGACUCUCAAGCUUUGGGUGACGGACAUGCUCAAGGGCCAGAUGCUGGGUAUCGUCUUGGGAACUCCGAUUAUCAGCGCCGUGCUUAAGAUUGUUCAGAAGACUGGUAACUCUUUCUUCUACUACCUGUGGCUCUUCGGUGUCUUCGUCCAGGUCUUCGCAAUUACUAUCUACCCCAUCGCUAUUCUGCCUCUGUUCAACAAACUGUCCCCUCUGGAGCCUGGUGAGAUCAAGACUGGUGUCGAGAACCUUGCCAAGAAGCUCAAGUUCCCUCUCUCGGAGCUGCACGUCAUUGAUGGCAGCAAGCGUAGUGCCCACAGCAAUGCUUACUUCUACGGUCUGCCCUGGAAGAAGCAUAUUGUCAUCUACGAUACCCUGCUUGAGAAGAGCCAGCCCCAGGAGGUCGUCGCCGUCCUGAGCCAUGAGCUCGGUCACUGGAGUCUGAGCCACACCACCAAGCUCUUUGGCAUUGCUCAGUUCCACAUGUUCUACAUCUUCGCCCUGUUCUCCGUCUUUGUCAACAACAAGUCUCUCUACCAAUCCUUCGGCUUUGUCAAGGAGCAGCCCAUCAUGAUUGGUUUCCUUCUCUUCUCGGAUGCCCUCGCGCCCAUGGAUGCCGUCGUGAAGCUCCUGAUGAACAUCCUGAGCCGCAAGUUUGAGUUUGAGGCCGAUGCCUUCGCUCAGGGUCUUGGUUUCUCCAAGGAACUCGCUUCUUCUCUGCUUAAGCUGCAGAUCCAGAACCUGAGCACCAUGGAUGCUGACUGGAUGUAUGCUAGCUAUCACUACUCGCACCCCAUCCUGACUGAGCGCCUCGCUGCUCUUGGCUGGAAGGGUGGUAAGGUCACCGAGCUCAAGGAAGAGGACAGUGAGAAGCCGGUCAAGGCUGCGGAUCGCGAGCUGUAA